AUGUCGGCAAGUAAUUCAACAACAGACGAGGCUGGCGUAAGAGGUGAGGUUCAAUACUUGGACAAGUCACCCCUUUACGAAACCGAGAAGCCUUUCGAGUGUACAAUCGAGCCCUGGCACUUCCCCGGCGCGAGGCAAAACAAUCUUUCUUGCACAGCAUACCAGGUUUUGUUCCACGACAUCUCUGCUUCCAAGGAGAAAUUUUCCCUUGACGUGCACGGCUUUCAAGUGGAGACACAUAUCUCUGCUCUCGUGUACGACGAUUUCUGGUCUGACGACCUCGUCCAAAACCUCUACUACCCAGAAUGCGAAGAGUUCUUCAAGACGCAUCUCGGGGCAGACGAGGUUUAUAUCUUUGAUCAUGUGCCCAAGCUCACUGCACGUCAGGUUCGCAAAGCCGACGCAGUCGUCGAGAUUGCCGGAGUCAAUGAGUUUCAGCGACUGCUCAAACCAUCCAUCAGAGUUCACGUUGAUCAGACUACCGAAUCGGCAAUCAGGAGAGUGAAGGAUGUUGUUCCUGACCGAGCGGAAUCUCUUCUCGCUCGUCGGUUUCGGAUAAUCAAGUACGUGACCAGGCCGGCCGCGAACCUUGACGCUUUACUGACAUCCAGCGAUCUCGUCUCACAGCACUUUCUGGGCGAGCAAUACUACCUUCGAUAUAGCCCCCGUCACCGCUGGUGGUACCAGAAGGACAUGACGCACCAACAGCUACUGGCGAUCAAAUGUUUCGACUCCAACGCCGUCAAGCCCGACAGUCGUGUUGCAAGAUUCGCUCCACAUGCUUCGUUCAUGACGGAUGACAAUGGCAAUGACGAUGGAGCACUACCAAUCCCAACGAGGCCUCGAGAAAGCAUUGAGAUCCGAGCUCUGGUAUUUUCCGCUGAUUGA